AUCAGAGAGAUUUUUCAAUGCAGAGAACGAAAAUUGUAGAAAGGAAAAAAUGAGAUUCGAUUGAAAAAUUAUAAAAGGACGUAUAAUAUGAGUGAAAAUGUUUUGUCUAACAGAAUUUAUUUUGUGUACAUUUGCAAUAUUUUUUGGUAAAAUGUGAAAAAGACGUAAUGAGAAACUUGUUUCCAAUUGCCGUCGUGGUUUGAGCUUCGUUCGCUUCUUCUUCGUUGUCUACGUCUGCUUUGUGCUAGAUAUUUUUAUUUCCAUCACUAGCUAAAUUUCCACCAAUUUUUCUUCAAUACUUCAAGUAGAAAAUAGUGAAAAAAUCAUCUAUUAUAAACAUCAAAAAAGAUACAAGUGAAAUAGAUUUCUUAAAUGCGAGUGUUAUACAAAUGAAAAGAACUUGAGAUUCUGUGUUUUUGUUGUUGCGUUAUGAAGAAAGCUAAACAGUUUUCUCUGUGUUGGGUUAAAUGAUUGUUAAUUUUCAUUUCAUUAACAUAUCGGAGUAAAGACGAAUAUACAUUCGUAUUAAAUGUAGAGCCAACAGCUGCAUUCGCAGACAGCGAGCAAAGCAGCAAUAGCAGAGUGCGAAGGCAUUUCAACAGCAUUAAAAGAAGCAACGGGAAGACAGACAAUAACUUUGACUUUAGGUUUUUAUCAUUAUGUUAAUUUAGAAGAAAAAUGUCUUCUUGUGUAAAUAUUAAGCAGAUACCAUUCAUAGUAGUGGAGCUUUGUUAAGUAUUUGUUGUUUGGUGCAUUUGACGUCACCUCUAGGACGUGGUUCAUGAAAACCUAUUUACCGGCAAUUGUUUUUCCCUCUGCUUGAUUGCUGAUAAAAAUGGGCGCAACCGCUUCGACGAGCGGUUAUCAUAUGCCAGCCACAAGCAGUAAUGCUGGAGGUAGUUCCGGCUUGUUGCUGCCUUCUUCAGCUGCUCUGACAGCCGGCGCUUCUGGUAGUGGCGGUGGUCCAGGUGGGAACUCCUCGCUUAUGGGCGCAGCAGGCGUUGGUGUUCCCCACUUUCGAGAGCAACGUCGUAAGCGAGUGACGGGUUUCGCAACGCUAAAACGGAAAUUCAUACGUAGACGACGUUCUUCAAAAGCCUGUGAUCAUGCGCGUGUUUUGCGCGAUUUCGUAUCCGACUGGACCCCGUUGGAACUUGCAGCGUUAUGUGAAGAGUAUGAGGCGUUAGCUGCUCUAAGGGAUCUAUCGGUACAAGCGGAACUGGCGCGUCCACCUGCAACAACAUUUAAACAAGAUUUGGCGGCAAUUUAUGAAAUGAAAACUUGUACAGACUGUGAUCUGGUCUUUCGUGGAUCUAUUUUUCCAGUGCAUCGAUCUAUACUCUCAUCACGAUGCUCGUAUUUCAGGGAUUUGCUAGCCGGGUGCCCAGGCUUUGGUGCACGCAUUUGUCUUGAAUUGCCAACUUCGCCCAUCGAUGUUCAGAUGUUCUCCUCGCUAUUACGUUUCCUGUACACGGGUGAUCUUUGUCCACAUGACCCAACCAUUGACAUAAAUCUUUUGCGACAGUUGAGUGAUGACUUCGGAACACCGAAUCCUUUGGAACAUGAUCUUCGGUAUUUGCUCGAAACAGGUGAUUAUGCCGAUGCGGCUUUAGUGUUCACAGUUGAGGGCAACGAUUACCAUCGACCCGAUUCUGGUAGCUCUGAGUAUGGCUUUAGACCGAAACUGGAACUGCCCUGCCAUAAGGCGAUCCUUAGUGCUCGCUCACCGUUCUUUCGGAAUCUAAUCGCACGUCGGACGCGAAAUAUUGAUGAAUAUACCGAACGUGCAUUGCAUGUUCCAACGAGGAUUGUGCUUGAUGAGACAGUAAUACCGAAGAGAUACGCGCGAGUGUUGUUACAUGCUAUCUACCUGGACACAGUCGAUUUGACGCUAAUCUUACGUGGUGCUGGUUCUGGUAAUUCGGCGGGAUCACUGGGUGAAGUACAUGCGUUGACGAAUACGGGACGUGCGCGACCUACGCCGCUGGAGGAGGCUAUGGAGUUGUACCAAAUUGGAAGGUUUCUCGAAUUGGAUAUUUUAGCACAAGGUUGCGAGGAUUUGAUACUUGAGUGGCUAACUUUAGACACGCUGCCCACUGUGCUUAGGUGGGGCUCACAGCCCCAUGGUUCGGCUUGGGUUUAUCGACAAGCAUGCCAAUAUCUACGAGAAGAGUUUUCAGCCGUUAUUGCGUCACCGGUGCUGCAUCAACUGGAUAAGUCGCAGUUGAUACAUGUGCUUCAGAGCAAUUUUUUGCAGGCAUCAGAAUUAGAGGUUCUGCAGGCUGUUCUUAAAUGGGGAGAACAAGAACUGAUAAGACGCAUGGAGGAUCGUGAACCAAAUAUCGUGUCACAUACGGCACAUUCUGUGACAAGAAAAGGAGUAAAAAAACGUGAUCUUAGUGAUGUUGAGUUGCGAGAAAUUCUUUCAGAACUGCUGCCAUUGGUUCGGAUGGAUCACGUUUUGCCACCCAAUAGUGAGGUUCUUGCGCAAGCUAUUCGUCGAGGUCUUGUGAGUACUCCACCUUCGCACAUGAUUAGUGACGAUCGGGAAAAUUUGCGUGUUAAUGCGUGGAUUCGGGGAGGAAAAAACCAGGGUCUUUUCGUGCGGCCGCGUCUUUUCAUGCCAUACUUUGAAGAAGUGAAAGUAUUGCUUGAAGAUCGAAUGGCGUCGUCUCAUCACCAAGCAGAAUUGAUGCGAAUGCGGCGGUCGCGACAUCUGCCCGAUAUUCCCGACACAUUAUACAUGGUGUCUCGUAUAAGUGCAGCUAAAAAACCCAGCGUACCUACAGCGGCUGCAGUGACUGGCAAAGAGAGUGUUAACAUAUUGGCUGCAGCAGCUGCCAUACCGCCCCCCGACACACAAACUUUGGCAGCGUUACUCAAACGCGAACAUAAGCUACAUCAAUCACCGAUGUGUCAACGUGCACUGCUCUUGCCUCUUUCAUCGAAACAUGAAAUCGACCGACAGAUUCGCUUGCGAGUAGUCCGUGAGUUUAAUCUGCCCGAUGCAGUCUCAGAUUUGCUUGAAACGUCAUUGCUUAGCAAACAGAAUGCUGCCAAUGCAGCAGCUGCGUCAGCUGCGUCAGCUGCAGCAACAACUGUUUCAGAAGACAGCGGUAUAACAUCAACCACUCAAACUGAUCCGACACUUAUCGAAGACGAUGAUGAAACGCCCCCACCUUCUCCGGCUGCUGCAGGAUCCGUGCCUCGACUGACCGUAGCGGGGGGAUAUCUUUCAACGUCAGUAGGCUCAUCGGCAGCCUCUUCCACUUGUGGUGGUGAAGGCAUCCAACCAUGUUAUAGUCGUAAUUUAACAUUUCCACGACAGCACCCGGGCGGUUUGCUGGGUAUGGGAAGUGGCGUCGGUAUGGGAAUGCUGGCAAAUGUCGGUGUUGGGGGUAGCGGAGCUCUUCAAGCAAACUAUGCACGACUCUCAGCUUCUGUACAUCAUCGAAAUGACCUGCCAGCGUUAAUUACGGAAGGAGAUUAUCGUUUUCCCCAUGGUAGUGCGUUGGGGAUUAACAUUGGAGCUGAGGGCGGUGGUGGUGCGGUAGGAUGUGGGGAUGGCGGCAACGGUGGUCAUUUGUCGGAUAUGAUGCCCGAUGUUGCAAUGGCAACUGCUUCAUUGGGUCAACUGCAUUUGGCGAAUAACUCCAAUAAUAGUAAUGGAGAUAUGCAUGAAAGUCUACAACUCGACUUGGGAGACGGAUCGAGUCACAUAAUGGGAGGUGGUGCACCUGGUGCUGUUGUACCAAUGGGAUUGCGUGGCAUGCAACACCAGAUGCCACCCAGCAACUAUCACCACUUUAUGCAACGCUCAAAUUCACCAUUCGACAUGUUAAGGCAAGGUCAACAUUCACCAGCUCCACAUCCACCACCUGGGCCAUACAAUUCAGGGCCGCCCAGAUUCUUAUAGAGUUUGCGAGUGGCCCCCGAUCAGGGCCUUUAUUUUAGCAUGCCUUUUUGAGACACAGACACAAGAAAAUGAAUCCAAAAUUACAUAACGGGCAUAGUUUUAUGUUACGUCAAAACUGUGCAUAUCGAGGCUUGCAUCCGGAAUAAGGAACGUUUACACAGUUUCCGUUUUAACAUUAUUUUUAUAUUGAAUGAAGAUAAGAUGGUGUCCACCUGCAAUGUAAAUCGUUAUGACAAGUGGAAAAGUUUCCUUAUGCUCAGUUUCGAAGUGAAUAGUUUUUUUUUUUUUAGAGAAAAACCUGCAAAAAUGACCGGACCAAACCCCACAUACAUUCUUAUGUACUUAUCGCUAUGUGGAAAGAUAUAGCGCUACUCUAGUGUGCACUUCAUUAAUUGUCGUCAUAUAGCUACGAAUGUAUCAUACUUACCUGUGAUUUUUGUUUUUCCAUUCCAUUCCACAAAAUAUUCCGUUAUCCCUUCUGCUUAUUCGUGUUUGUUUAGAUUGUUUGAAAAGGCCAAUCAUAGAAUCCUAUACAAUUAUUCGAUAAAUUUGGAAUUGUAAUAAGUUUGGGAAAUAACAAAUGUUGCUAGAAACUUUGCUUCAUAUUUAUAUGAAAACCAGUUUUAAAAUACAAAGACUUCUAUAAAGUCCUAAUCAAACAAAAAUAAUUUCACAUUCUAUGUUAUCUCAUAUUUUUCAAAGAAAUGAAUUUGUUCAAUAUUAGUCUCACAAAUAUUCCAUUUGUAUUUCAUUUUCGAAAAGUGCACUAUAUCUUUGCCCAUGGCAGUGUAGGUUACAUCACUCGAAAUUCAAGAAAAACGCUAAAAUAAGGGACGCACAUAAAAUGGAGUGAAGAUGAAAAAUAAUACAACACACUCGCACGUUAAUAAUUAAUCUAAGUUGAGUCGACUUCAAACGUCGAACGAAGUAAGGUGCGAAAAGGUGCUUACUGCACCUUUUGAUAUUGUAAAGUAAUGUAAAAUGCGCAAAUGUGAAAGAAAGAGUUCGUCUAAACUAGCGAUCAGACCAAUACAUAAAAUAAUUAAUGGGUAAUUGAAUUAAAAAUUAAAAAAAAAAGAAAACAGUGUAGGGGUUAAAAGUGACUUGUGGAUAUAUGUACAUAAUAUAUACAUAUAAAAUGUCUGAACUGGCGUAUACACUUACGAAAAUUAUUUACUUGCAAAUAAUUAUACGUAUAAUUGUAUAAAUUGCAUUAUAUAUAUAUGAUGAACUAGAUAAAAAUGUUAAUUUUAAGCAAAUAAAACACAAUUUGUUUUGAGAGGUGCGUGUGAGUUAUACAACUUUGGAUCCUGCUGAAAAUUUAGCAGAGAUCUGCAUAUAGAUUAAAAACAACAAGAAAGAAAUCUCAAAAAAAAAAAAAAAAAACAUUCUAAAAAGGUUGGAUAAAGGGUUAUUACAAAUUUAUAUUAAAAAUGUGACAAGUUCUUUGAAUUAUUUUAGCUUAUGCGUUCAUAACACACACUCUGUGAGCCAGAUAAGGAAACUAAAAUUAAUAUUUAAACAUGUGCAGUAAAACUCACACAAAAUUUUUUUUUUUAGAAUUUUUCAUUGCAUUUUUUCUUUGUGAUUUCCCCUUUGAAUCUACCUAUUAUUUAUAAAUCUAAAUAUAAGAAUGCAUUCGAAUAUUUGAUCAAAUGUUUUUCCCUGAAGGUACAAUAUAAUUUUUGUGCUAAUACUUUUAAGUAAAUCAACUGAUUUUUUUAUAUUGCUUAUAUUGCUGUAAGUCCUCGAUUAGAAUAAUUUCGAAUAAUAAAAUUUAUUAUCGUCAAAUUGACAGCAGUUUUUUCGUCAAAGAUUUACGUUCUGUCGUAGACUUUUGAUAUGAAUAUGUCUACUGCGUCCUUUAGGAACUUCUCUUAUUAUUAAUUAUGAAGGCAUCUAUCUAUCUAUAUACAUAUGUAUAUACACACGUACCUAUGAAAGAAUAUUCUCAUUUCAUCUACACACAUACAUACAUAUGUAUGCAUGUGUAUGUAAUAUUAGCUAAUUCAGUUUUGACUGUUUCAUUACUUUUGAAGGUUGGCAGAUUUCUGUUUUUGUGUUAUGCAGAACCUUCUUUUUAAUGUACCUACUAAAUAAGUUAUACUUGUAAUAAUGAAGUGAAACCUAUUUUAAUUUCAUAAAUUAUAUUUAUUACAAUUCUAAUAAUAGGUAAACAAUACGAUUAUCUAAAUAUACAUACAUACAUACAUACAUAUAUCCUACACAUGUUUAAAAUUAACAUUGUAAUUUACAUUCAAAUAAAGCAAAAAUUCGCAAUGUUACGACAAUUUAUAAGCGCAAAGCAAGCAAAAUCUCUACCCCUAAAAUGGAAUAGUCUAAAAAGCAAAAUAAACAGAGACAAAAAAAAAAAAAAA